GCGGGGGGAGGGUCCUGGCGCCUGACGGUGCCCCGAGGCGGGGCGAGGCGAGGCCGCGCCGCCGCCUCCGUGCUGCCUGCGGCCGAGCGAGGAGGGGAGAGCGGGCCCGAGUGCUGGGUGAAGUCCUGGUGAAGAUCACUCACCUGCAGGAGCCAUGAGGUCACAGUACAUCACAGCACCCACAGUCACUGUCCUCCUGGUCCUGCUGUGGGCCCAGUCGUCGUCAGGCUGCAACAAGGCUCUCUGUGCUAGUGAUGUCAGCAAGUGCCUGAUACAGGAGCUGUGUCAGUGCCGCCCUGGGGAAGGGAACUGCUCCUGCUGCAAGGAGUGCAUGCUGUGCCUGGGGACGCUCUGGGAUGAGUGCUGUGACUGCGUUGGUAUGUGCAACCCUCGCAAUUACAGUGACACGCCUCCAACGUCCAAGAGCACUGUUGAGGAGCUGCAUGAACCAAUUCCUUCCCUCUUUCGGGCACUGACAGAAGGGGACACUCAGCUGAACUGGAAUAUUGUUUCCUUCCCUGUGGCAGAAGAGCUGUCACACCACGAGAACCUUGUUUCCUUCCUAGAAACAGUGAACCAGCCCCAGCACCAGAAUGUCUCUGUUCCAAGCAACAACGUCCAUGCACCGUACCCCAGUGACAAAGAGCACAUGUGUACCGUGGUGUAUUUUGAUGACUGCAUGUCAAUACAUCAGUGCAAGAUCUCUUGUGAGUCCAUGGGAGCUUCCAAAUACCGAUGGUUUCACAACGCCUGCUGCGAGUGCAUUGGGCCUGAGUGCAUCGACUACGGCAGCAAAACUGUCAAAUGCAUGAACUGCAUGUUCUGAAGCAGCAACAUUGUGACACACAGAGAGAGACACCAAGGCCAAAGUCACCUCUCCCAGUUAAAGAUGGGGAUUGCAAGUGCUGCAUGUUUGGUGGAGUGCCUGCUGCUUGCAAUAAAGUGUACCUGGUUGAGAAAAAGAAAGAUGUAUAAAAUUUGGAAACCUCCUGGGUUUGGGUUUUUUUGUUUUGUUGGAUUUGGUUGUCGGUUGUUGUUGUUGUUUUUUUUCCUAAAUCCAUGUAAAUGAGGCUUGCUGGUAGAAGUUUCAAAGCUAUGUUUGAAGUUUAUGUCUUGUUAUUUCUGCUGAAGUGGUACAGCCAUGCUCAUCCUUGUUUUCCUUUGAUCUGGAAGUGUCUCCUCUGCUGGUUUUCAGGAUGUAGUGCUAGAGCUCCUAGUUUAGAGUAGGCAAAUCUUAGGAAUGUGGUAAUGAGAUUUCCAUCAUCCACAUUCAACCAAUAAUAAAAUGGCUGCUAGGUUGGUUGUUCUUCAGGAGAUGAGGUUUAGAUCGUUUUUGGUUCUGGUUUUGGUUUUUAUUACCUUCUGAUGUGAAAAAGGUAUGUGGGGGAAAAGAAAAACAGAUGCUUUCUCUGCAAGUGCAGCAUCUUGCAGAAUCACAGGAUGGGAAUGGUUGGAAGGGAUCUCUAGAGAUCAUCUAGUCCAACCCUCUCCCUGCUAAAGCAAGGUCACUCACAGUGAGUUGCCCAGGAUCACAACGUCCAGGUGGGUUUGGAAUCUCUCCAGAGAAGGAGAUCCCACAACCUCCCUGGGCAGCCUGCUCCAGUGCUUUGGCACCCUCGUGGGGAAGAAUGUUUCCCUUCUCUUAGGUGAAACUUCCUGUGCUCCUGAUUGUGCCCACUGCCUCUUGUCCUGUCACUGGGCACCACUGGGCCAAGAGUCUGGCCCCAUGCUCUUGACCCCCACACUUUAGAUACUGAUCAGCACGCAGAAGAUCAUCUGGGCUGUCAUGGAUAAAAUCCAAACUUCUUAGAAGGGCUGCCCAACAAAACUCCAUUUACAGGACACUUUUCUCUCCAGUUUGAUUUGCCCUGCUCCCAUAAGGAUAUUGGGGCCCAGGAUGCAUAAUUUAUAUACUGAAAAAAACAAUCAUAAUCUUUCCAGUCUUCUCUUGAUACCAACAGAAAGCUGUUAAGUGCAGUUGCCUCUCCCUCCUUUUGCACUGUUCUAAAGGGUUUGCUUACCCCUGGACCUUCAGUCCAGUGAAGGAAAUGUGACAGGUUCUUAUGAUUUAAUGCCUGUCUGGAUAAAGAAGAAUUAAAUGACAGGGAUGACAAGCUGCAUGGGGCUGUGAGUUGAGCAGCUGGCAGCAGGCGUGUUCCCAUUCAGCUACCUGUAGUUAAUGUUUACUCUGCACCACGACUUUGGUUGUUUGUUUUCUUCUCCCCUUAAAUGUUGUUGCUGAAGAAGGGAAUAUCAGAGAAUGAUAUGGUUUAAGAAUGUUCUGAUUUAAGAUCAUCGAGUCCAAAUGUUGUCUAAUUCUACCAAAUCUGGAGCUAAACCAUGGCCCUCAACACUGUAUCUCUGUGGCUUUUAAAUGCCUCCAGGGAGGGUGACUCCACCACUUCACUGGGCAGCCUGUUCCAGGGCUUGACAACCCUUUUUCUUAAUAUCCAGUCUAAACUUCCCCUGGUGCAGAUUUACAUCGUUUUCUCUGGUCCUGCCUGUUAGUAGGAAGAAGAGACUGAGCCUUCCCACUCACACAUCUUGCUGCAGCCUCCUUUAGAGGAGUUUUGACAGUGAGGUAUCCCCUCAGCAUCCUCUUCUGAAGACCAAACAAUCUCAGUUCCCUCAGCCUGUCCUCACAAGAUCUGCUCUUCAUGCCCUUCACUGGCUUUGUUGCCCUUCUCUGGACUCCUUCCAGCACCUCAGUGUCAUUCUUGGAGUGAGGGGCACAAAACUGAACCCAGUAUUCAAGGUGCAGCCUCUUUGGUGCUGAACACAGGGAGACAAUCACUUUCUUGGUCCUGCAGGUCACACUGUUCCCCAUCCAGGCUAGGAUGCUGUUGGCAUUCCUGGACACACUGCUGGUUCAUGUUCAGCCAACUGUCUAUCAACACCUUCAGGUCAUUCACCAGCCACUCUUACCCCAAGCCUAGUGUGUAGAUGUGUCUUCAAAGACAAAAGUAGGAUAUUCUGAGUUGAGAAUGCCCAGAGUGUAGUUGUGUCUUCAAAGACAAAAGUAGGAUGUUCUGAGUAGAGAAUGCCCAGAGUGUAGUUGUGUCUUCAAAGACAAAAGUAGGGUGUUCUGAGUAGAGAAUGCCCAGAGUGUAGUUGUGUCUUCAAAGACAAAAGUAGGAUGUUCUGAGUAGAGAAUGCCCAGAGUGUAGUUGUGUCUUCACAAACAAAACUAGGAUGUUCUGAGUAGAGAAUGCCCAGAGUGUAGUUGUGUCUUCACAAACAAAACUAGGAUGUUCUGAGUAGAGAAUGCCCAGAGUGUAGUUGUGUCUUCAAAGACAAAAGUAGGAUGUUCUGAGUAGAGAAUGCCCAGAGUGUAGUUGUGUCUUCAAAGACAAAAGUAGGAUGUUCUGAGCUGAGAAUGCCCAGAGUGUAGAUGUGUCUUCAAAGACAAAAGUAGGAUGUUCUGAGUUGAAAACAUUGCCCAUUUUUCUCAGUAAGGGUUUUACUAUGUUGGCAAUUCCACAGCAGUUACUAUGACCCAGUUGCUAUGACCCAGGCCUCUGUUGAUAAUGGUACUAAGUACAAGAAUAAAUGGUAUGAGUAGUUAGAGAUCAGCUUUUAGUAUUUAUAAUGCUGGUUUAAACUGCUUGGAUACUUUGGUUUUAAUGCAUAUGCACACAGAAAAGAGUUUGACAUUCAUGUUUCUCUGGCUAGCCUCAGUCUAGAGGAGUUAAACUUUUUCUGGUCCCACCUGUCUAUCUGUACCGUGUACAAAUGAAAGCAUUUUAAACUUCUGUUGUUGGAAAGUCUGUCUGAAUGGUUGGUUUAUUUUUUUUAUCAUGAUACUGUUUCAAUAAGAUAAAAUAAUAAUAAUAAUAAAAUCUACUCUCAUGAAA